GCUGCUCCAUGCCCCGAGUACGCUCCACCUUGUCCGGCUUCUUCCCCGUUGUGCGCUGGCUGCCCAAGUACAAACUGCGAGAGUACGUGUGGGGGGACGCCAUGUCCGGCUUGAUCGUGGGAAUCAUUUUGGUACCGCAGGCCAUUGCCUACUGCCUGCUGGCUGGAGUCGAGCCCAUCUAUGGAUUGUACACAUCAUUUUAUGCCAAUAUCAUUUACUUCCUCAUGGGGACAUCCAGACAUGUUUCCGUUGGAAUCUUUAGCCUGAUGAGUCUCAUGGUUGGACAGGUGGUCGACAGAGAAGUGUUCCGAGCUGGUUUUGACCU